AUGGAAUAUUUGUGUUCUGAUCCUUACUACAACCUUGUUAUGACUGUUCAGUGCCCGAAAACAUGUGGCCGUUGUGACGGCAGUGGAAAUAUCAUCGUCCCACCGCCGAUGACA